AGUCUAGUACAGACAUCUCUGAGAAAGCUGAAGGUGAAGAUACUGAAGAGGGGUACCAACCACUACGUUUCCUUCCGGGGGUGUUGCGUAGUUGGGGCGGGGAGCUUCUGCCCCUGCCAGACUUCUCAGGUAACCCUCCACUGCUGGGUGAUGAUGGUCGAGAGCCCUCGGCUCCACAGACCUCCAAGGCUGACGGAGGAGCAGCAACCACUCCAGGAAGCUCCACCACCAUUAAGAGUCCCAGCGCUGGUGCUCACAGACAGACUGGUUUUGUCAUCAAGAAGAGGGAACCCAAACCGGUCAAAGCAGAGGAACCUGUGUCUUCCAGCUUGGCUGAAACAUCUACCGCAAACAACAACGCGUUGGCGAAAGAAGAGGGUGUGGCUUACCGUGGCCCGUCGGUCUCUCUGAAAGACAAACCUCCAGACGUCUCGACAGAGUCGUUCCUGGCCAGCCUCUCCACGGAUCCUAACACAGACGGCUCCUUAAACAAAGGAGAUUCGGCGUUGUGCGAAAAGGACAAAUCCAAAGAAGAGGAGACACCUACUCUCUUGUCUCCUACAGCCAUCUCCAACGCUUCUGUCGAGGAAAGCGUCCCCACACCAAAACCCCUUCCGAGUGGAAUCCUGAAGAAAAGCUCUGCGUAUUCCAAUAUGACUGAAGAACCAACUGCUGUCCAAUCAGCAGGAUCACAGGGUCACCCCCAACCUGUUCCUGUUCUGACCACCAGGAAGUAUCGUCCUAUGGCAGCUCAACACGGAUACCCCUCCCACCACCACCAGACAGACUACAGACGCCCCCCACCUCCAAACCAUGGCCCACUACAGGUUGGUCCCUAUGGUCCCAUCCCCCUCCAGCCUGGAGGACCUCCUGUAGACUUCCAGUACCAGCCAGCACCACCUGUCCCCCCCUUCGGUAACACCGCACCGCCACAUUUCCAGCACCCGCCCCAGCUACCCACCAACUUCAGCUACCCUACUGGCCCCCCACCACCCAUGAUGUACCCGCCACCUCACGACCCACAGAUGCAGAAUCAUGCUGGAAUAACACAGUGGGCUCAACCUGGUCCAGGACCCACAUCUCCCAACUCUUUCCCCGGGGGGCUACCGUUAGCUUACGGUGGUGACCCUCAGAGGUUUGCCUCCGCUGAGUCGUCCAAUCCCAACCUGAACCCGCCCCCAUCCGCCGCUGCCAAAGAGGACCAGAAGGGGGCAGCAGAGAGGCUUCUGUACAGUGACCCCUGGGACAGGCAGCCCGGGUCGGGCCACAAGAAGGAGGACAGGGACCAGUACGGGAGGCACCGGCACCACAGUGAGUCCCGUCACGGAGAGAAGAGCCGGAACCACAGCCAAGAGAGGGGAAAGAAAGGUGACAGAAGCCGGAGCAGAGAGAGAGACCGGAGUAAAGACUCUUCUUCUCACCACAGAGGGAGCCGGCACCACUCUAAAGACCAGCGCCACGGUCACAGCGAGAGGAGGAAAGAACGUCACCACAGCGACGGUGACCACGGGAACCGUCACAAACACAGCAGGAGAGACUCUGAUUAUGAGAAAUCGAGGAGAAGUUCCAAAGACAGUCACUCAUGAGUUUUCUUUUGUACUACCCCACCCUGAGAUGGUCUACCCUACAACAGUUUUAGUGGCAUUGUCCCUUUUUAUAUGUUAUUUUUAAAAUACAGUAGAGGUCAACACUUUCAGUAGGAUUAUUAACACAUUCUGAGAUCUGCUUUCUUAAAAACCAACCGUUAAGGCUUUGAGGUGAUAUUUCACCUUUUGAAAAUCUCCUGUUUUUUUAAGUGUUAAUUUUACUGUAUAUUUCUGUAUUCUGCGUGUCACAUGGUGACUUGGUGCACUGAGCAUUAUGUGCUCUGAUAUGGAUCACAACAAGUGGUUAAAGGAAUAGCUCAAUGAUUUCACAUAUGUUUCCAUACCUUUUAAAAGCAGUCUAUGGAUAAGGAGGCAGCAAUGAUUUGGGCAUGUUAACACAUGCUAGAUUGACUUAGACAGGGAAAUGAUCCCAAACCGCUAAUGUUGCUAAUACUUAGUGUGGAUUGUAGUCGCUCCCCUUGUCCAUAGAUUGUUUUCAGCGUAAAGAAACAAAUCUUAAUAUGUAAAAUCGCUGAACUAUUCUUUGAAUGUUUUCUAUAGCAUGAAACACAAAAUAACAGGCUGUUGGAGUAGAGAUGGAGGGAAAGUUCUGGUCACUUCAACAGUAUGACAUGAAUUUAAUACAGCGGAGAGAAACUAACCAUUUGAGUAGCAGAAAACAACAACAUUUUAAUUAAAGCAGCUUCUCUUAUUUUGUUUUUUGCAUUUUAUUUUUUUAAAUUGCUAUACAGAAAUUGUUUUUUUUCUAUCGACAAAUAUUGUCUAUGUACAUUUUGGCUUGUCAUGUACAUUCUGAAAUCAAGUGUGCCUUCUGCACUGUGUUCAUGUACAGCUGGUAAUAAAGGUGAUCUUAUUGUUGAGAA